CCGCCCCUGCGGCAGAGCGGCGCCCCGGGCGUGACUGCCCCCUGCCGGCUGCGGGUGGGGGGGCGUCCCGGCCGGGUCCGUGGAGCGGGGAACGGAACACGCGCCUUGGAGUUCGGAGCUGUCCGCAGAAGUCGCCUCCUGUGCAGGCCCGAGCCUUCUUCCACACCAUGAACACGUCCCCCGGCACGGUGGGCAGUGACCCGGUGAUCUUGGCCACUGCAGGCUACGACCACACAGUGCGGUUCUGGCAGGCGCACAGUGGGAUCUGCACCCGCACGGUGCAGCAUCAGGACUCUCAGGUGAACGCACUGGAGAUCACGCCUGACCGCAGCAUGAUCGCUGCUGCAGGUUACCAGCACAUUCGCAUGUAUGAUCUCAGCUCCAACAACCCCAACCCCAUCAUCAGCUAUGACGGGGUCAACAAGAACAUUGCGUCCGUGGGCUUCCAUGAGGACGGCCGCUGGAUGUACACGGGUGGGGAGGACUGCACGGCCCGGAUCUGGGACCUCAGGUCCCGGAACCUGCAGUGUCAGCGCAUCUUCCAGGUGAAUGCACCCAUUAAUUGUGUGUGCCUGCACCCCAACCAGGCGGAGCUCAUUGUGGGUGACCAGAGCGGCGCCAUCCACAUCUGGGACUUGAAAACUGACCACAACGAGCAGCUGAUACCUGAGCCUGAGGUCUCCAUCACGUCGGCCCACAUUGACCCCGAUGCCAGCUACAUGGCAGCCGUCAACAGCACCGGGAAUUGCUACGUCUGGAACCUGACGGGGGGCAUUGGUGACGAGGUGACACAGCUUAUCCCCAAGACCAAGAUCCCAGCGCACACCCGCUACGCCUUGCAGUGCCGCUUCAGCCCCGACUCUACGCUUCUCGCCACCUGCUCGGCUGACCAGACGUGCAAGAUUUGGAGGACAUCCAACUUCUCCCUGAUGACAGAGCUCAGCAUCAAGAGCAGCAACCCGGGAGAGUCCUCCCGCGGCUGGAUGUGGGGCUGUGCCUUCUCGGGAGACUCGCAGUACAUCGUCACCGCUUCCUCUGACAACCUGGCCCGGCUGUGGUGUGUGGAGACGGGAGAGAUCAAGAGAGAGUAUGGCGGCCACCAGAAAGCUGUCGUCUGCUUGGCCUUCAACGACAGCGUGCUGGGCUAGCCCGUGCUCCCCUGGGAUUUCAGGUGGCUGUCCAAGGAGCACCUGCGGACUAGGUCUGCCCAGCUGCCCAGGUCAGAGUGAACCUCCAUGGGCUAGCCUCUACUAGCCUGGCCAGCUGGAACUGCCUGGCCUACCCUGGCUCCCUCGGCCGGCUUAGACUGGCCAGGCUAGUAUGCCCUGGGAUUCUCUCAGCUCCCAGUUGCUUAUGUGGA